AUUCCUACCAACUCCUUACUUAUCCUCUGUUUAUUACAUUCCUAGUACUUCCAACUGCUCCAUUUUCAAUUAUAAUGGUCCUUACGGUUUUCAUUCUCUAUAUAAACCAUCGUGUAGCAUCAAAAUCCAUAACAGCUUAACUUCUUUUUCAUUUUUUUCACAAUGAUGGAAAUAUUCAAAACCCCAAAUCCCUGUCUCCUUUUAUGUCUUGUGGUACUCUGUUUCACAAUCCCAAUCGCAUUAACCAAGGCAGAAGCAACUACAACCAGCCUCCCUGAAAACGAAGGGAACAAUGCUGAACCUGUGGGCAACAAUGCUCCAUUUGCUAAACCUGUUGGGGACAACGGGAAACAAUCCCACUUGGGUUAUCAACAGCAAAAAGACCCAAACUAUCCACAACAAGGCAUUAACCAGCCACUGUCGUCAGGGUUGAACCAGCCGUAUUCGGCUACGAACCAGCCUUACUCUGCCGGGUUUAAUCAGCCGUUUUCUAGUAUCAGUCAGCCAUUUGGGGGCACCAACCAAAGGGGCUCAAUGGAAAACGUUGCCUUUGAUAAUGGGGUUAAAAAGGAGAAGACCGGGAUUCCCAGUGUUGCCUUGGUUUGUUUAUUUACGUUGAUGGUUUGCUUUGGGUUUUAGUAACCCAUUGCUGAGUCACGAACUACGAAUCAAAUAGUUAAGCAGACGUUCCUGCUAUGUAACCUACGUACUCGUUUAUUUGUAAUCCCUAGUUUUAUCUAAUGAAAAGCUUAUGUUAAUGAAAAUUUAAACUCGAUUAUAAAUUUGGGUGUUUUCCUUCAAGACUGGGAUCAGGUGGCGACAAGGGGAGUGCCCAAGUGUCGUAACCAGGCGUUGGGGCGGACACUCUUCCCGCAUGCCUUGCGAGUAAUGACCACUCAUCAUAUCCCGUUAACUGCCUGAAGGAUCAU